UCAUGCAAGUUUACAAGUAUUUGGAACUGUACUAUUAUCGUACUACAAUAAAUAGGCUGCUUCCUCCUGUCUAAAGUGAUUACAAUCGAAUUUCGAAUUUGCCGCCAUAACCUCGGAGCGUACGUGUGUGAAAUGUUUUCAUAUUUCGAUUAAUUAUGGCGGACUGUGGCUGAGCGAAGUUCAUUUUUCCAUCCGGAGUGCAAAUAAUUCGUUAAAACGUUGAUGUGCUUCGAUAAUUAAGUGCAGAGGCUGUCGGGGAGUAUCGGGUGGGCGGCGUUCGGCGAUGGCGGAGAACAGGGGUUCGGUAGACGUCGUUAUGCCGGACAUUACCGAAGUGACCGAGCCCGAUCCACUGGCGGCGGCGAGCGAGCGCGAAGUCGAGAGGCUGGAGCGCGACGGCGGCGCGCUCAAAGCGGCCCGUCUCGCCGAUUCCAACGGCGUGGUGACCGUGCCCGUCUCCCUACCAGUCGGGACUCUUAUAACGGGAACGACCUUCAAUGUGAUCACAUCUGACCAGCUGCCGGGGCAUUUUAAGCCGAUGCUCUGCGUUGAUAACGGCUUCAUAUCAGGCGGGCCGGUGACAGAGGAUAUAAAAGCGACACAUAUAGUGAUACAGAACCCGCCGUCGCCGCGGCACGAUGAGGGUUCCCAGGCGCCAGCGCGAGCGAGCGCGCGCUCGUGGGCAGAGACGGCGAACAUGCCCAUUCUGCCGGUGCGGUGUAAAAAUACGUCUGCAGAGUUGCACAAGCAGCGGUUCGGGUCGGGAGGCCGCGGGAGGUGUAUCAAGUACGGACUGGAGUGGUACACGCCGAGCGAGUUCGAGGCGUUGUGCGGGCGGGCGUCGAGCAAGGACUGGAAGCGCUCGAUAAGGUUCGGCGGGAGGAGCAUCCAGGCGCUGAUAGAUGAGGGCGUGCUGACGCCGCACGCGACCAGCUGCACCUGCGGCGCCUGCUGCGACGAUCAGUCCGCUAUGGGCCCAGUCCGUCUCUUCACACCCUACAAGCGACGGAGACGCAACCAAGAUGAGGGCACCGAGAAGAAGCCCAAGAUAAAGCGAGACAGCAGUCUCGGGGACAGCGACAUGGACAACAUACACAACACAAGCAACAACAGCCACUCGAAGGAGGCCUGGCAGACCAUAGCGGAGGGCUUGGAGAGUAAUGCGGACUAUCAUCUGCUGGAGGCGCCGGACGCGAGCAACGAUCCUACUGCCAAUCUACCAGACAUGAGUGGCGUGCUAAAGCGUCUCGACGACAUCGGGUCGACACUGUCGCGACUAGCGACCGAGUUGAAGCAGUGUGUGGAGGACGUCAGGGGAGUCUCCGCGCGGCAGCUCGCGCGGAUAGAACAGGAAAGGGCCGGGGCCUUGUUGCACGCGGUGGAGCAUGCCGAUGCGGCGCUACAUAGCGCUGACGACGCUGAAUCUAAGAAGUGUGCAAACUGCAAUCGCGAGGCGUCAGCAGAGUGCUCGCUGUGCCGGCGCACCCCCUACUGCUCCACCUACUGCCAGAAGAAAGACUGGGCCUCCCACCAGAUCGAGUGUCUCCGCUCCGUGCCCACCAUCCACGACCAGCACCAGUCCAUCAUGCUCAUCGUGGAGAGCCAGCACCAAUAGCGAGAGCCUAAUCUGGAGAGGCUUCGCCCGAGUGUCCUACGACGGAGAUGACAAAGCCCGCCCCUGCCAGAAUAGGGGCUUCACUACAAGCCCUGACAACAGUGACAACUGUCAGAAUACGGAUAUAUUUAUAACACUGCCAGAUCUAAGCUCCUGCCAGAAAAGCGGCUUCACUACAAGCCCUAACAACCGUGACUUCUGUCAGAAUACGGACGUUUAUACCGCUACCAGACCUAAUAUCGGAUAGGAUAAUGUGAAAACGCUCGAAGGAUAAAUGUUUAACCGAUUUCCAGCUGGUUCAAAUACACGCACACUUACCUGGAUUAGGCACAGUUAUUUAAGAUUGAGUGUAGGGCCAAAGUUAAAGGGCUCCUGAUGUUAGAACCGGGCCAUGGUAUAAUAAUAUACACCGCUUGGCACUCUCUUCCGACCACGUGACUGACACAAGCCUACGUCAUCAUGCGACAGCGCUAUACAGUGUGGAAAGAUAUGUCGGGCCCUGGAGGGAAACUACCUUAAAUCCUUAAGCUGACUCAUUUUACUUAACCACCGACCGUCCGACGAUAGCAUAGUAUCCGAAAAAAAUAUGCUCUUAACCGUCCGCGGGAACCUUACUAUCCAAAGGGGUGGAAGGAAGAAUUGAUUUCAAAGCCAUCUAACGGAAUAUUUCGGCAUUAUUUACUAUUCUCUUGAUGCGACAACGUAGCCUAACUAAAUAGUUAGCUCUAAAAAAAAUUAGAUGGCAGUGUAGUCAUAAUUUUUGUAGAAAUUUGUGAAUACGCUGCGCGGGGCGUGCGUCGCUAAAAAAACCCGGACGGUUGACAGGAAAACAGUCUCGCGGGCCGGACGGUUGAGUGGUUAAAGGAGACAUUCCUUUAUUUUUAAAAAGAAACAAAACUGCAUUUAAAGAUUUUUCUUUUUUUCUUCAAUUUGGCUUGUCUAAAAAAAUCUUGAGUACUAAAUAUUAGAUUUUAUGGAUAUUUUAUACGACAGGCGAAUGUAAGACCUAAUGUUUUUUGGAGAAAUGUUAUCAUUAACAUUAACUGUAUCGACUAGUAGAAUAAAAUUGCGAGUGUUUAUUUUUUGGAAUUUUCAGUCGGUUCGAGUCCCGGGCGAGGCAAGCGAGUUUUGGAAAAUCUUUGAAUGCAGUUUUGUUUCUUUUUAAAAAUAAGAAAUGUCUCUUUUAAGUAAAAUGAGCCAGCUGAAGGAUUUAAGGUAGUUUCCCUCCAGGGCCCGACUUAUCUUUCCACACUGUAUAAUAAUAUGCUAUAUAAAGUGGCAAUGUUAUUGUGACGUAGGCUUGUGUCACUCUGGCAAGAGAAGACCAUGUUUUAUUAGACUAUGAACCGGGCUGAAGGCGUUAUAAGUCUCAAUUAGCUAUUAUGACCGCCAAAGACGUGAACUGACGCACGCGGCUACAGCCCAAUAUCAACCUUCGUGCAUUACAACAAGGUUCAAGAUGACGCGCCGCGCACGAUAGGAGUGGAGUUCAAAAGUAUAAGGAAUGAAAUAUAUAAUUUUAUGAAAAAGCUAAAUAUUUUUGAAAACGAUUAACAUUUAAUUUCUAAUUAUGAAAUAUAAUUUUUUUAACUAAUUAAUAAAAGAAAGGGAGAGACUAUAAAUGAACUAAUUGAGGCUUGUAAAGUUUUAUUAAUAAGGAUAGGUCUGCACCGACGUGGCAAUGGCAAGCGACGGAAUGUGGAAGCGCCACCGUAAACGUCAAACCCCCAAAAUAUUAGUGGCAUUUCCAUAUUCAGUCAUGGGCAUUUUUCAAAAAAGUGAUCGUUUACUUUUUUUCGAAAACUAUAUACAUAUAUGGGUUAAUUCUACUCAGAAUAACUUGACGAUCAAUUUAAAAAGAAAAAAAAGUGUUCGCAAAAAUUGACCGUUUUGUGACGCAAUUACACUUACAUUUUGUCUGGACCGUCACAAAACAACUGACACCUACAAUUUGUAUGAAAAACUUGGGGACAUCUUUCUAUUACUUUUUAUCAAUUGUUCUCGUGAUUCUGAGUCGAAUUAACCCAAAAUUUGUUAGUUUCUUGGAAAAACUUAUGAUGUUGUUUUAUGAAGGGACGCUACCGAAUAGCUAGUAAAAAUGUACUUCCGUUACCAAAUAUUAACUUAGUAUUAAUUUGUAUGAUUGUGUAAAUAAUUAUGAAUUAGAGUGUGCUUUGAGGAUGUUGGUACCGCAAGACUUGCUGUACAGAGUGUUUAUUUAUUUAGUCACCCGCAAUAAUUUAUGGGGUGAAUAUAUAGGUCAUACUAAGCAACAUUAUUACAAUAAAAUAAACACGCUGUAUAUGUUAAUUGCCCAAUGAUUUACCCUAAAUAACCAUUAUAAUAUCUAUUAACUCACAUUAUAGACGGGUCUAACGCGAAUUAUAUUCAAUUACCUUUAUUUACCGACGUUUCGACACAGGUUUCACUGGUCGUGGUCGCGGCUGACUGAUUGUCCCAGCAAAAUGU